AUGACUGAUGUAAUAGUGAAUACUAGACAGCGGCAUGUUGAUACAUAAUGUUUAAUACCGGAUUAAUCGUAAUUAAUAUUUCAAGACAUGUAAGAGCUAGUAUCAUGUCUAAUAUCGGAUAAAAAUACUUUAUAUAAGUUUUCCAUGUCGAAUUCGUGCUGUGAACUAAGUGCAAUGGGUUCGUGAAUUCCUUUAAUUACACACGCAGUUUAGAAAAUAUAUAAACACUACGAUAACUAUGGCAGGAGCAACCCUUCCCGAAAGAGUAGCUCAAAUAUAUUAUACUUAUGGUUUGUUUUGUUCAUCUUAUCCCGUUACUGCGAUAACAAUCGCCAUCUCAGUUGUUUUAUUGUGUUGCUAUCCAUUACUGAAUGUGCCUUUACCGGGGAACAUACCCACUGUGAUCAAUGUACCUCUACAUGACAAUACUGAAAACCCAACUAACUGCCACACUAAAAAUUGUCACUAUGCUGAUAUUUUGAAGAUAGGCCAUAUUCAUAAUGAGACACAAAAGCUACCUUACAUAUGGGCCAAAGAUAAACCAUUAUUCUAUGUACAACAAAUUAUAUUAAAAAUAGGUGUCUCACCUUGGAAUAGUAAUUUAAGAAUGUGGGAUGCAUUUAGAGGUCCACUGCAAGAGGUAUUUCGUUUAUUAGAAACAAUUCGAAAUCAUGAGGAUAUUGAAACCAAAGGUUCUCUGCUACAACAUUGCUAUCAAAUUGAAGGGAUAAAACGACGUGAGAGCAAAGCGAGUAUUGAAAGAGUAAUGCCUGAGUACAGCUGUCUAUUACUUUCACCUGCCAACUUGUGGCAACAAAAUCUACAGACUUUUUCCCUUGAUGCCAAUAUAAUCAACACCAUUUAUAAUUAUCAGAGUCUCCAAAAAGGUAAAGCAUCGAUUGCGGAAAUGGCUUUUGGCAUGCACCUCCGUGAUACCGGCAUCAAGCGAUAUCCAUUGAGAACGCGCCCACGUGUAUUGCAGUACGCUAUUACAAUAUUCUAUCAAGAAGCUAAUGAAAGAUUUAUCAAUUCGCUGACUCAUAAACUUAAAGAAUUAUAUCCGUUGUAUCAAGAUUCAGCGGCGAUAAGUGGCAAUGAAGUAACCAUAAUAUACUACCCUGGACAAUUCAAUUACCGCGAGCCUAUACCAUUAUUGAUCACAUUUUUUGGAUUAUUCCUUUAUGUGUAUUUCUCGGUGAGGAAAAUAGAAUUUAUCCGAUCAAAGUUUGGCUUGGCCGCUUGCGCUGUGGUCACUGUAGCUGGCAGUCUAUCCAUGUCUAUAGGUAUUUGCUUCUACUUUGGAUUUUCAUUGAGCCUACAAGGCAAAGAAAUCUUUCCAUACUUAGUGAUUAUCGUUGGCCUAGAAAACAUUCUUGUUCUAACAAAAAGUGUGACGUCAACCGACUCACGGCUGGAUGUUAAAAUUCGACUCGCACAAGGUCUCAGUAAAGAAGGCUGGUCGAUCACUAAAAAUUUACUCACAGAAAUAACAAUACUCACAGUCAGUUUCUUCACUUUCGUGCCAUUUAUACAGGAGUUCUCUAUAUUCAUGAUAGUUAGUCUCAUAUCUGAUUAUUUCGUACAAAUGGUGUUCUUCGCGACGAUACUCGGCAUCGACGUACGACGAAUGGAAUGUUUCCCGGACAGAAAUAAUAAGUUACAUUUAAAGGAAUAUUUUAACACUAACAACGCACUGAAUUGGCGAUUUAAUGAUAGUUAUAAAGAAGAGAACAUUACGCCGCAGAAGAUAAGAAAAUCCAAAUCUCAUCCGAGGUUAAAUGGAUUAGCUCAUAAUACUCCGACCGAUGUUGUUGCUAAACGUAAUUCAAACGCGAGCAUACAAGACCACAGAGUGCCGAAAAGAAUACGUCUAGUGAACAUGUGGGCUCGGACAAGAUUCUUUCAGCGGGCUUUCAUGGUCUGGAUGUUAGUGUGGAUAUCGAUGAUUGUUUACAAUUCGGGUAUCGUAGAUUAUUUUAUAACGACAGAAAAAGACAAUGAUAGCGCAAGACAUGAUUAUGAAAGAAAUAAAACGAAACAGGCCGUUUAUAUGACAUACAAUGACAGUGAUCGACAUCCUUUGGUAUUCUCUACUAUAAUAGAUACAGAAGAAGUUGGUAAAACUAUCGAUACAAAUGAUACGAUUUUUUUGAAACAUUCACCACAUUCUCGCCCCUGGUCAAGACUAUCUCCUUCGCAUUGGUCGGCGAUACUUUCGAAUUACAAUGAGACGGUGACGGGAAGGUACGCCGUCAUCCUGCCUCCGACACUUCUGAGUCAUCGGGUGAGCCCCGAACUGGCAGCGGGGCUUCGCCACCCGGAUGAGAGGGAGCCCCCGCCGCUCCGCUGGCAAGCAUUAGCCGCCGCGCUAGACCCCAUUGAUAUAUUACCUGAUUUCGAGCUAACAGAAACUAAAAGUCAGGCGCAUCAAUGGGGGAAGGCGACAGAUUUGCCCAUUUAUCCUACAACGCCUAUGGAAAUUUUACUUCUAGCGAUACUAUGUACGAUCAGCGUCGCUGUAAUAGCUUACAUGAUGGUGGUAUUAUACAGAUGUGUAUGCUCCCGACAUUACGCUGAAUGGAGAGCUUCUUGGAAUGAAGAUGAAGAGUACAGGAAGAUUAUUGCUAAACAACCAGCCGUUCAGUUGGUAAUGGAAGCGGUUCCUCUAGUGGUCUCUGGUCACAGUCAAGAGGUGGAAUGUCUAGUUACGGAUGGUGACACCAUUGUCAGCUCGUGUCUGCAGAGCAACAUCAAAGUAUGGGACUCACACAAUGGCGAGAUCAUAACUAACAUCGACCGCAAUGCGUUUUUCAAAUUACAAAAGGAGCUACAUGAAAAGACAAAUCUAAAAAAAAUCGCAGCGAAUGAUGCUUCUUAUGAUAUCUUAAAAGUAUUUAUUUCAGUGUCUUCAAAGCCUGAUGACAUAGCGCCGAAAACUAUUGACAAUAUUUCCCGCUACAAAGGGGGCUUAAGUGAUCAUCUGAGUGGGCUACGUUUUCGGGCUACGAGCGGAGAGUCACCAUCGUACAUUUCACCUGCCGAAACAACUAAAUAUAACUUCGCUAAAAGCUACAAAGAUCUUUACUACAAUCGUCGAAGGGAAUAUUGCGAGACCAAAGAAAACGUCAAUACGAACAAUUUAAGUGUGAACAAAAGUGAUAUGAGUGUUACAGAUAGUGAAGUGAAUGAAAAGAACAACGAAAGUAUAUUUGUUUUCAAUUCUAGUGCUGAAAGUGCAAGUAUUUUAAGGAACAGGCAUGAAAAUAAAAUGAACAGACGAACUAGUAGUGAUGCGGGUCCAGUGCUUGAGGAUAAUUGUAGAAGCAAAGCAUUCAGUGAAUCUCCGGUGUGGUGCAUUGACUUUUGUAAUGACCUCAUUAUAUUAGGUUGUGCUGAUGGACGGCUCGAGUUCUGGGAAGCCAGUUCUGGAAAAUUAAUGUGUAUAUGGUGUGGGUCGGAGAGUAAGAGUGGAUGGGGGGGCGUGACGCACGUGCGUGCAUUGAGCGGUGGUCGGCGGGUGUGUGCUGCUUCCCUCAGCGGUCAUCUUACACUACUGCGACUCGAUGCUUACAAUGCCACCUCUGGCGCACACGUUGAUUGGAGAUUCAGCACCGCUUAUAGAAGAACUCACAAACGCACCGGGUCGGCAGAUUCUAUGCGUAGCACCCGUGGUACUGACUAUGACGACGGACGCCCACGCAUGAGUUUCUCAUACGAAUCUGACUAUAGCGAUGGUGAAGAAGUGGUGUGUAUACGUAUUGCACACUGUAGACCGCACCAACAGCCUGUUACCGAGAUGCAUUCUGAAGGCGGUCGCAUACUGACUGGCGCUCAAGACCAUGUCGUAAAGGUGUUUUCUAGUUCUGAAUUAAGUCUGUUGUUCACGUUGCACGGCCACUGCGGCCCUAUAACAAGCUGUUUCAUUGACCAUGCAACGCCGACCAUAGCCGGCAGCGGCUCGCAAGACGGACUACUGUGCGUAUGGGAUUUACAUACGGGUGCGUGCUUGUACAGCAUGCAGGCGCACGACGGCGCGGUGACGUCACUCGCGUACACCGCAUCUUAUGUGGUGUCAGCAGGAGCAGACGAACGCCUCUGUAUAUGGGAUAGAUUUCAAGGUCACAUGCUCAACUCCAUACAUAUUGGUCUGAACUAUAUGAGUCGCAUGUUACCACUGACGCACACACUACUAGUGAUGGGUGACCGCAGCGGCCUCACUGUCUACGACCUAAGCAGCGGAGAUGUCAUAAGAAGGGUAUUAUUAGGACAAAGCGAUGGCUGCAUAUUUGUACGACAAAUAUUGCCGCUUAAGGACGCCAUAGUAUGCGACUACGCGAACCAAUUGCGAAUAGUUCGCUUCCCUCUUGUCUCUAAGCUGUCUAACACGAAGAACGAAUGAUUCCAUAUAGUCAAUUAAUCACUU